UCUGGGUAGGAUACCUCAAACCCUGAUGGAUUAUCUUACUGGGACUCUCAGACUUCUGGACAGAUACUUGUCUUUAACAAACAGACCAGGGGAAAGUAGAAGGAUGACUGGUGUGGCCGUUCUAAUGUUCUGUCUGCUGAGAGCAGGUUUAACUAGUCCAGUCCCUCAGUACGACGUCAUGGACGAGCUACCCCCUCGGAGAGAUGUGUCUGAACAGGUCGUACAGUAUGGUACCUUGGACCAGUUACCCCUACAGAGAGAGAUGGUUCCUCAGGUCCCUCAGACAGAUGUUCUGGAUCAGAUGAUCCCUACACAGCUCAUCCCUCAGGUUCCUCAGGUCCCUCAGACAGAUGUUCUGGAUCAGAUGAUCCCUACACAGCUCAUCCCUCAGAUGCAAAGUUUGGGAACCACUGAACAAGAUAACCAGACCCAGGCCACGAGUUCCUCUGAGUCCCAGAGCUCUGACCAGAGCCACUCAUCAGAGAGCUCUCCAGAGGACACAUCAGAAGACAUGACGUCAGAGGACAGUCCGAGUCUCAGCAUCAGUAACAGUGACUCCCACACCGACAUGCUUCAGGACAGGACUGCUGUUAACCUGGCCGGAGACACACAGGAUGACAGCCAUGGUAGUGAGGAGAACCAACGCAGAAAUUGGCUGUCUGCCUUCAGCCAUUACCUGAGGAGUCGUCGCUUGACUGUGAUGGGUGGAGCGACAGGUGGGGUUAGGUGUCUCACAGCAGGUGGGAUAGGGUGUGAGUUGACAGGUGGGUUAGGGGGUGGGACAGGUGCAUGA